AUGGCUGAAGACGCCGCCACAGUUCUUGAACAGUUCAUCAAUGAUGUUGCCAAUCUCCCGGCCGAAAUCGCGCACAUUUACGAGGAGAUACAGGCCAAAGACAGAGUUCUCAAGGAGCACCGUGAUAGUGCCUUGGCACGUGACAAUUCGCUGCAAAAGUUUAUCAAAAACCACGGGAGCCACACGGAGAACCCCAAGGAGGCCGUGUAUGUGGAGCAGAUAAGGAAGAGCCAUAAGAAAAUUGAACAGAUCCAAGAUGAAAAAUUGGUGCUCGCAAAGAAAGCGGUGGAUCUGAUGGAUAAGCACGUGGGUCGACUGGAUGCUAAAAUCCAAGAUCUUAUGCGUGAUGGACUUAUGCCUCCGGAGUCAAUUAUCAAUUCCCCUUAUCCAAGCAAUCUUCCUAUAAAUGCGCACACACGCCAACCUUCUAUACGAGCAUCCCCUUCCACCAUGGGUCCUACACGUGCUGCUUCCUUUGCUCCUACGUCCACGCACCCAACGCCCGCCUCUUCCAACCUCAUUCACUCUACUCCUGUUUCAACCCCUACUACUUCCUUCCCCCCACCACCUUCAGUUUCAACGCCUCGCGAUGGGGACACCAACAAGCGCCGGCGAUUAACUGUACAGACCUCGGCUGCACCCGCAAUCCCAUCAAAUCUUGCCUCUAAUCCAUCCACACCUGGUAUUAAACCUGAGCCUGUAGGCCCAAACUACUCCAAUGCUCCCAGCGUUAACAAUAAAAAGCGUAAACAAUCCACGAAACGGGAAGUCUUUACGGACUCGUCGGAAGGCGACGACGACGAUGAUGACGAUGACACGGGCGAGGACAAGCGGCCGUAUUCAUGCGUGGAUCUUACAAAAGAGCCACCAGGGAAAUGGUUCUGUCCCGAGUGUUCGAGUAGAAGGGAGAAGAUGAAGAGCAUCAAAUGA